UCGGAUAAGACGAGGUUAUGGGUAGAAUCAUGUAUUUUUCACAUAAUUUUCACAUACCGAUACCUCGUUGAGCAGUCACCGCAGAAAGACAACCAAAUCCAACCAUGGCUACCAUCAAACACAAUGCCAACCGGCAAGGCCGAUCCUCCCUCUUGCUGGCAUUCGUUGGUGUAGUUUCCUUCUUGCUUUCACAGAAUGCGCAACGAGGACAGGUAGAAUUGCUCUCUCGGCAAAUGAUGGAGGCAGAUGGAUUUGUGCAGGAUGCUCCGGAACAAGGUCAAGCAAAGUCUGUCGACAGCAACAAUGCGGUUGGCUCUGACUUGCUGCAAGAGCCCCAGUAUACACUCAAUGAUCCUACAAUGCGGCUGUCCCCCUAUGUGGAGCGUCCUUGGCUUCACUUUCACUCCGAUCGAUUCCCGCACGUGAUGGACAGGCCCAAGCGCAAGCUCAUCUUGACUGAUAUUGGAUGGAAUCAUCCCAACAAAAAGAAAGGACUGGCAGAGUUCCCAAGGUCCUUAUUGAUGCGAGAGUUGCUACAAGCGUUUAUCGAUCACCCCCUUUUUGACCCAACGUUUGACUGGCGGGCCAUGGCGGAAGGCAGGGUUCCCGUGGAUACGUCUCUGGAGUAUGUAGUGCUCAUGGACAUUGAAACUUGCUUUGAAUCCAACUAUCCAGUCAAUGUGGCUCAGUUCACAGCCAAUGCGGACACUCUCAUGGGGCGAGUAGUCAAAGACAAGGGGCAAAACCCAUGCUACAACAUGAAUGGGUGUGGAAAGCAACUAAGUCAUGUCCUGGAUUCACCCUUGUUCCAGCAAGUCAAUGCAUCCACACUCGUGUAUUUCAAUUGUGGAGGUAGCGGCCCAGGAAGGGCCCGCAAGGAGAGGUUUUCUUCGCAUAAGAUCUCUGUCGUGUCCAUCUCUGCUGGUCCAGAUAUGCUGAAUGAGGACUCUGACAUGGGUAUGCCACCACCAGCAAUUCACCCAGUUGUUCUCAGCCACAAGCAACGUCAGAGUAUCAUCAACUCUUGUGACAGCGAGUCUGAUCGCAAUCGUCCCUAUCUACUGUCCUUUGUGGGAAAGCAUCGUAAAGGCAGUCCUCGAAAGGAACUAGUCCAGCUGCACAAUGGCAAUGAUGUGAUUUCUAUGCGAACGCCAGUGUACGUGGAUGCUCAAAAGAAGGGUGAAUUCAAUGAAACCUUCCCAAGCCUGUUGAGAAAGAGCAAGUUUGGUGCAGUUCCUCGCGGGGACAAUCGAUUUUCCUAUCGCUUUACGGAAGUGUUGAGUGGAGGGGCCAUUCCUGUGGUUCACUCGGAUGGAUGGAUUUUGCCCUUUCGAGAAGAGCUGGUGGACUGGAGCAAGUGUGCCGUUGUGAUUCCAGAAAAGCAAAUGAAUCAGACUGUAGAAAUACUGAGAGAUAUCACAGAAACACAACGAUGCAGGAUGCGUCGGUACUGCUAUGAGGUCUAUGAGAAGUACAUGGUCAACCCAGAAGCCAACAUUGCAGGAAUACUGGACAGCAUUGAAGCUGCUCAUCACGGGAAGGCCACCAUCUAGUUUUUUUGUUAGGCUUCAUUCAUUCAUAGUUUCAUGUAAAGGAUGUGUAUGACUCAAACCGACUACUUAGCACCAAUCGUCGUCUGUC